AUGUCCGAACAACAACAAACUGCUUUUGUGGACUGGGUUAAUACCUUCAAUAAUAUCUCGAAUCCUGUAAAUAAACUCAAGGACCUGACUGAUGGCCGAGCUUUAUUUGAAAUAUUACACGAAAUUGAGCCAGUGUGGUUCAAAAUUGACCAACAAUCCGAUGUUCGUGACGACACUUAUUGGGUCGUAAAGUCCAGACGGCUUCAGAAGCUUCACAAACUUCUCAUGCGACACUAUGAAGAGAAGUUGGGUCACUCAACUAAAGGACUGGAUCAGCCCGAUUUAGUUGCGAUUGCUAAAGAGGAUGAUCUUGCGGCGACAAUGACGUUGUGUUCGUUAAUCGUAACAUGGGCCGUGUGUCAUGAGAAUAAAGCGAUUUACAUUGAAAAGAUUCAAAAACUUUCACCCUCGUCCCAAGAGGGUUUGAUGGUUUUAAUCGCUGGGGUUAUGAGAAAGUUGGAAGAGUCAUCAUCCGUUGAGCCGAAUACAGUAGAAGCUUCAGAGGACAUGUCAUAUGAUUCAUCUAAUUAUAUCAAAGAACGAAAUAAGCUCGUGAGCGAUAAAGAGGCGCUUGAGAGAAGCCUUCAAGCGUUGAUUGCAGAACACACCCAAUUACGAGACCAAUUUGACGAUCUACAAGCCGAGAGAGAUGAGUUGAAGCAACGACUAAAAGACAUAGAAAUAAGUCUAGCUCAGACUCAAUCUGCACAUAGUGGAAAAGCGGAUUUUCGUAUGAAGACAGAGAUAGAAACUCUCCGGCAAGAAAUAAAUACAAGCGAAGUACGGCGUCACGAGGCCGAAAUGUUGUUAGAAAGUCAAAAUGCCGUUAUUGCAGAGCUCACUCGCAAGGUCGAAGAAUUACAUUUCAAAGAAGAAGAAGCGGCACGGUUGAAAGACCAGUUAGAUGAAAGCAGGCACAACAAUGAGAAGUUAAAAAAGGCCGAAAAUGCCAUAGAAAAAUACAAGAAGAAAAUGGAAGAGGGGGCAGAUCUUCGACGAAUGUUCAAGACAUUAGAGGAGGAGAACCGACAGCUUGCUGAGCAAAAUGCACAAAUCACGGAAGACUUUUCAAAAGUGAACAAGAUUAAAGCACAAUUGGAACCGUAUAAGAAUAAAGUUGAGGAGCUUGAACAAAAGAACAAAGAGUUGGUCAGUCUUAGAAACAAAUACGAAUACGAGUAUAAAAAUAUGAGAGCGAAAAUUGAAGCAUAUGAAAUGGAGAAAUCCAGAGACAUAGAAAGGAUACAGCUUCUUGAAGACAGAUUACGAGAAUUGGAAUUUGGUGGUGGAGAACGCUUAAAUCUUGAUGAAAAGGAAGAAGAAGUAGACGACAUUGAUGCACCAGUCAUGGGAGGUGAGUUAGCCAAUGCGCUAACGGGCACCACUAUGACUCAACUUAGGUUGAAAAACAAUGAACUGGAACGGGAGCUCCGUAGUUGGCGCAGUAAGGGUAAAUCUGCAGAUGAUGAUCAAGAAAUCAUUGUUUUACAACGUCAACUCGCCGAUGCGGUGCGUAUCCUGACUGAAAAAUUGGACUUGGAAAAUAAACUUGCGAGAGUUAUGUCCGGGGCUGGCUUGGACAUUAAUGACAGCAAUAAGGAAUUGAAUAAUACGAAGAAGCAACUGUUCGAUGUAGAAUUUAAAUUAAAGAAUGCCGAGAAACAGCUCGCUGAAUAUAAAGCUAAUUCAGCAAUUGAUGAAAGGGUCAAAGAUAUAGAGGCCGAGAGAGAGAUGUACAAAGCUAAAUAUGAGGAAUUGGACUUGUUGCUGAAGAGCUUUGGAAAUAGUACAGAAGGGGAGCUAAAAGCGGAAAUAGUGAAAUGUAAACUUCAGAAUACAACAAAUAUAGAGAAGAUCAAGCGACUCAGAAACGUCAUGGCUGGUCAGGACGAAGCAAUAAAGAACCACAUGGCAAUAGAGGAGUCCUUCAAAGUUGAAAAGGAGACUCUCGAGGAGAGAUUUAGGCAGCUUAAGCGCGAGUAUGAAGAGGCCAAGGCUCAACUCGCAUUAGAGAACCGACUCAUGGUAUCAGCAUGGUUUGGAAUAGGGCGACUUAUUCAACGCGAUAACGUUUCCCUCCAAAGGGGGACUGCCCCCAAGGCCUUCCUCGGUCAGCAACGACAGGCGGCUAGUGGACAAAUGAAGAGGCGGUGA